GCGCACACACACACACACGAGUACAUAACUGCAUAACUGUGCACCUAUAUACACGUUCACGUUUACCUUAAAGUCACAGAGAUAGACACACUCCACCACACUUAUAUGUAGACAUCUAAUUAUAUAUAUAUAUAUAUAGUACCACACAUACACACACACACACACAUACGCAUACAUGCGCACACAAAUAGACACAUAUAUACAUACAUAUACUUUACUACAGAGAUGUAAAGGUAUACAGUGAAUUGAAUAACUGCUCUGAUACUUAUACUCUAACAGCGACUCACGCUCACAAAUGCACACACAUGUACGAGCAAUCAACCGCAUGCACACACACAGACCAAGAACAGCGCACUCAGCUACCAUAUGCAUACGCACACACGGGCAUACACACAUACACAUUCCCGCUCUUGUAGUUAACAGCUGUUUUCACAGACGUGAAGCGAUCGACUGCUUAGUGAUGGAGAUCUGUUGGCGGCAUGCCUUUCUUCUCCUUAUUUUAGCCUCCAAAGCUGCUUGCUCAUUUUCUGUCCCGCCUGUCGCUGAUCAUAGCGUUGACGUGCUCUUAAAAGAAUCGUCAUCUUCGUCGGUAUCGGCACAAACAGUACGACACCCCGUAGCGUCACCCGUAUUCCAAUCACAACCACAAGUACCCGAAACAGUAUCCGAACCUGCAGUAUCCCAAAGGGUACAACGAACUGUACCCGAGUCAUCAACUGACCAGCCGGAAGCAGUAUUACCAUCUGUACGCGAGUCACAGCUAAAAGGACAACCACUAGCGCCACCACCGCCGCUGGCACAAGUUCAGUUAGCAUCAUCAUCACCAAAAGGAUCAGAAGAAGUAGUACGAGACACGAUUUAUGGCAAAGUUAGGGGUUUCGUCAAAGAGGUUCUUCCCGGAAAGUUUGCGGAAUAUUAUCUAGGAGUACCUUAUGCUGCCCCACCGGUCGGAAAACUUCGUUUCGAGAAUCCAGUUAGCCCAGACGAGUGGCGUGAGAUCCGCAACUGCACCACCUAUCCACCUGCCUGUGUACAACCCAAGUCAUUUUAUGUCCAGGAUCAUCGUCCGAAUUUUACCGAUUUUCAUGAAGAUUGUCUUUACCUGAACAUUUACUUAUCCCGGACAGAUUCCAAAGAUUUACGUCAUGUCCUAGCCUAUAUACAUGGAGGGUCUAACGUUGUCGGUAUGGCAGCCAUGUUUGAUGGUGACGUAUUAGCUGUUAGCACCAAUGUUGUUGUUGUUAUGGCCAAUUACAGACUAUCGAAUAUCGGAUUUUUAAGUAUGGCCCAUCCGCAGUUCGCAGGUAACUAUGGCCUCUGGGAUCAAGUAUUUGCUCUGAAAUGGAUACAGAAGAAUAUCAAGUAUUUCGGUGGUGACCCUACAAAGGUCACUUUGAGUGGUCACAGUGCCGGGGGUGCUGAUGUUUCUAUGCAUGUCCUGUCGGAUCAUGCGCAAGGGUUGUUCCAGUAUGCAAUUUGUCACAGUGGCACGACUUUAUCUAAUUGGGCGCUUCUACCCUCUACGGAGGACCCAGCUAAAUAUGCAAGGGAGUUUGCCGAGGAGUACUCCUGCAACCACCCGCAUCUCAUUGAUCUGAAGAACUGUCUGAAGGACUUGAAAGCAGAACAAAUAAUCAAGGCGGGAUACAAUUGGAGAAAAAUUCGACCGACAUACUCCACUGACAACUAUGGUUACCUUAAAACCAAACCAGAAGUGCUGCUUCAAACUGCCCCUAUUAAUGCCAAAGCUAUGAUGAUAGGGGUCACCUCGAACGAAGGCUCGGCAAUGAUUGACAUGAUAAUGCAUAUAUCCAUAGGCAAUUUGGGAGAUUUCAUUAAAAGGUAUACAUCAGAGCUGAAUGGAAUUCCAAUAAUAGCAGAUCUCCUCAUACAGGAAUAUAUCCCUUGGGAUCAAAUCGACCCGACACUUGAAAUAUCUAGAAAAAUUGGAUACUCCAAGUUUCUGGGAGAUUAUGAUAUUAUAUAUCCUUCAGUGAAGAUGAUUGAACUUUUGGCAAAGAGGUCAUUUCCAGUUCACUUAUACAUCUUUGGCCAUCGAUCUGCUGCUGACACACGAGAAGAAUGGUUUGGGGUGCCACAUGGAGAAGAUAUAUUUUAUUUGUUCGGUGCCCCUUUAGUUGGACAUCCUUUGAAAAACUAUACAGCCCUUGACAAAGAGAUCAGUAAGAAAUACAUGACGUUGUUUGGCAAUUUCAUUAAGACCGGCAAAGCCGUAGUGGAUUCAAAUGAAUUCUUCAGAUACACACCCCAAGGCAGGCACUAUAUCAAAGUCUACAGUGAGAACAACAAUGCUAUUGUGAAACAAAAUCGAAACCUUCUACCAAGACGAAUGGAAUUUUGGCGCCGACUCAUCCCAGCAGUUAAGAAGAAAUUUUUACGUCAACAGUUAGACAAAAAGCAUUAUGAAAACAAGUUAUAUUUUCAUCAUGUAUUAUCAAGUGCCUUUGGAGUGAUAAGUGUCUUACUAAUUUGUUUAACAGCAUUUUUACUUUAUCGUCUGAGGAAACGAAUGACCUCGUAACAAGAAAAGAUAACAAACCUUGUUUCAUAUUGCUUAGAAUUGUAGACAAAAUAAAAUGUAAAAAGGUAUAAUAAAUGUGCUUCUAAAGUAUGUAUCAGUUCAACAUUUAUAGAGUUAGAAACACUUGUGCUAUCAGUAAGCAACAAUUGACAUUUUGAGCCAGAGAACUUAACCCUGCCCCUGUAAGAACUGUAGAGUUUGCAAAACAAUAAAUUGAAAGCAUGCAAAGGAACAAUU